AUGGAGCCGGCGGCACAGAACAGAUCCGAAGCGGUAGAGGGACAGAGAGACGUACCUGCCGCAAACCGGGACGCAAAUCCAAGAGUGGGGGAAAUUUCAUAUUCCCGCCGACCUGCACCGGGGGGUGCACUACUGAGUGGCCCGACAUCAAGGUCAGCCCGUGCGGACGAGCAUGUUAGGUCUGGAGUUAGGCAGCUCAGGUUUGCUGAUCGGGUUAGGAGGCCGCCGGAACGUGAAGCACGGACGGAGACCGACUUGUCAAGUGUAGCAGAUGAAGGCGAGGAGGGUGUAGAAGAUCCACAGCUGCCAAGUCAGGUUGAACAGGCAGAGGAGCAGUGGAGGAAGGCGGCUGAUGAUAAGCGGAUGGCCGAAGCAGAAGCCAAGAGGAGACGGGCUGAAGAGAGGCAACGGCGCCGUGAUGGCGACACCGAUCCUAUCGUCUCUUUCCCGGGAACAGGAGACAUACGUCAAGCAUGGGAGCGUGGGGCACGAGCCGCUGCAAGGGCACACGUGGGAGUGGCAGGAGGAGAGGAGCUCGCCAGCAAUGUGCGGCAGCAUAUCGAGGAGGAUACGGGAUACGUGAAAGUUCGCUUGCCAAGUGUAAAGCGGAAGGCGGCUGAAGAGGCCCGGAGAGGGGACGUCGACGUACCAGAGAAUUCGGGAGAGGCGAAAAAGAAGGCGCAGAGCAACGCGGGUGCAAAGGCUCAUAAGAUGGCGGAGGUAGAGGCGCACCAGAAAGUGUCAGAGGUCCACUGGAGCGGGUGCAGCAGCAGAGCUGACGUCGGAGGCAGUCGAGCUGAGGUGGUGGAGGCAGUGGCGCAGAAGGAAUCAGAGGCAACGGCGAGCCAGAAGGAUGAGGCAGUGGCGCAGCAGAAUGAUGAGGCAGACGCACAUAAGGAAUCAGCGGCAGCAGCGCAGCAGAAGGAUGAGGGUGCGGCGCCCAGGAUGGUCGAGGCAGAGGCGCAGAAGGAAUCAGAGGCACCGGCGCAGCAGAAGGAGGAGGGUGCGGCGCCGAAGAUGGUUGAGGCAGAGGCGCAGAAGGAAUCAGAGGCAGCGGCGCAGCAGAAGGAGGAGGGUGCGGCGCCGAAGAUGGUUGAGGCAGAGGCGCAGAAGGAAUCAGAGGCAGCGGCGAUCAAGAAGGAUAAGGCAGCGGCGCUGCAUAUGGAUGAGGCAGACGCACAUAAGGAAGGAGAGGCGCGGAAUAAGGCAGAAGCAGCGGCGCGGCAGAAGGCGGAGGCAGAGGAGCAGAAACAGGCUGCGGAAGAGGCGCUACAACUGGCUCGGGCAGAAGCGCGGAAGAAGGCUGUUGUAGAGGCGCGGCAGAAGGCGGAGGGUGAGGCGCAGAAGAUGGCAGAGGCCGAGGAGCAGAAGCAGGCUGAGGCAGACGCACGUAAGAAGCCAGAUGGAGAGGAGGGUUCAGAUGGGAAUAAAAUGAUACAGACAGAGGGACGGGAGACGGCGGGUGCUGAGGGGCACAUCAUCGCAGAGGAAGAGGGGCAGCAUGACGAGGAGGCAGCGUCGCAGGUAUUCGCAUACCGAGAGACGCAGAGCAUGGCAGAGACAGAGCGUCAAAAUACUAUGGAGGAGGUUCGUGUGGUCCCGGAGGCUGGAGUGGGGCACUACGAGGGAGAUCCGCUGGAAACAGAAGAGGAGCAGGAUGAGGAGGAUACGGUACAUCCGGCAGUCCGGAUAUUUUUGGGAGGAAGUCCGACGCGGGGACCAGGAACCGGGAUAGAGGGGCCAUGGAGGGUGGCAGACGAUGGGGCGCCUAGGGAUACAGUGGAUCUCAACAGGCAGAGGCGGCCUACCCUUCACCAGAGAGCAGAGGAGAGCAAUCUCGGCCAAGGCGGGGUGGCAGAAGCGUUUUGGCAGGUAGAGUGGGUCGAGGCAGAGACGGCAAUACGGCGGAUGCUGCAGCGCACGAGUACAGUCCUGGUCGAACAAGGUGACAGGUUUGUCGAGGCCGAAAGCUGGGACAUAAGCCCGGCAGAGGUAACGCGUCGUCUGACGCUCUUAGCCCGAAUGGUGACGCAGACGUUCUGCAACUUGGCGGCCCGCAACAGCAGCAUCAGUCGCGACGUGGCCGAUCUGACCGUCCAUUACUGCCGCGACGCCCUGGCCAACCUGGAAGAAGUCCGCCAUGGAAACGAGGAACGGCGGCGCCAAGCUGAAACGGCGGCCAGAUUUCGCGAGCAGGUGGACACGAGACUCUCCAACUUGCGGGAGAGUAUCGUAAGGGUGAGUGAUCAGGUUCGCCAGUCGGGAGGGGGGAUGGCGGAGGGCACGUUAAAGGGGGUGGAAGUGAGGUUGAGAGAGGUUCUGAGAGAAGACUCUGAGCGGCGGAACAGGGAUAUACUGCAGGACGAGGAGCGGAGGCAGAAGGCCACGAGGAAGGAAGCAGACGCCGCAGAGAGACGGAAGAAGGAACAACAGCAGGAGGAAGAGCGUCGGCAGAAGGAGAUGAGAGAGGGAAUGAAGGAGAUGAAGGAGGCGAUGAUGAAGGAGAUGAAGGCAGAAAUGAAGGAGAUGAAGGAUGGGAUGGUAAACCAGAUUGUGGGGAGGUUGAGCGCGGUUUUGCGAGAAGAAUCUGAGCGGCAGAAGAAGGCGAGGCAAGAGGACGCGGAGCGGCGACAACAGCAGGACGCGAAGAGGAAACAAGUGGCGGACGACGAGGAGAGACAGAAGAAGAAACAACUGGACGAGCAAUGGCGGAAGGAGGAGGAGGAGAAGAGGAAGGAUGUAGAGGCCACAGAGCGGCGGAGGAAGAAGAAACAUCAGGAGGAAGAGCGACGGCAGAAGGAGGUGGAGGCGGGAAUGAAGGAAGUGAUGGAGGCUGUGAAGGAGAUGAAGACGGGGAUGAAGGGGUGGAAGGAGGGGAUGCUAAGUGAGGUGGAAAAGCGGCUGUCAGUAGUUCUGAGAUUGGACGCAGAGCGGCGGCAAAAGGAGGAGCAGGGUAGGAAGGCAACGGAGGGAGAUCGGCGACAGAAGGAGGAUGCGCAGAGGAAGGAGGCUGAGGAGGACGAUCGGGAGGAAAGGGAGAAACAACAGGAGAAGGAGCACCAGCAAAAUGAGGAGACGCAGAGGAAGGAGGCAGAGGAAGCAGAGCGGGUGGAGAGGGAGAAACAGCAGGAGAUGGCGCGCCUGCAGAAGGAGGAGGCGCAGCGGAAGGAUGCAGAGGAGGCCGAGAGGCAGGAGAGGGAGAAACAGCAGGAGAUGGCGCGCCUGCAGAAGGAGGAGAGGCAGAGGAAGGAGGCAGAGGAGGCAGAGCGGCAGCAGAGGGCGAAACAGCAGGAAUUGGACCGCCUGUAG